AAACACUUCGCAGACAUCAGAUCAGUGAACAUCUCCGAAGGUAGCUUCCUGAAUUAGCAGCUUCCUCCUCGAUUGAGAAGACAAAAGGUGGAUGAACUUGGGUUCCGUGCUCUUCUGAUUAGUAUUAUAAGGGUCUGAACCAUUUUUGGACUGCUGAGCUGAGAGAGAGAGAGAGAGAGAGAGAUGGGCAGGGCAGCGGUUGCAGCAAUUGUGAGCUUGUGGAUCGUUCCCGUGUCCAUUCUGGUGAAUAGCAUCGUUCAAGAACCUUACAUGGAUGAGAUCUUCCACAUUCCGCAAGCUCAGCAGUACUGCAGAGGCAAUUUCAGAAGUUGGGAUCCCAUGAUCACCACCCCACCUGGCCUGUACUUUCUUUCGCUUGUCCAUGCAUCAAUUUUCUAUCCAGUCUCAUUCUCGGUUGGCCAAAAAUCAUCAUUUCCUGAGGUAUGUACCACAGUUAUUCUUCGGUCCACAAACUGCGUCUUGGCAGUACUAUGCAGUCUUCUCUUCUAUGAAAUAUUUGCCAUGUGGAGACCAGCAAUUGAUGACAGGAAAGCUACACUUUACUCGGUGAUCCUGGCCCUUUAUCCUCUGCAAUGGUUCUUUACUUUCCUCUAUUAUACGGAUGUUGCAUCGGUGGCUGCUGUGCUCGGAAUGUAUCUUGCUUCUUUGAAGAAGAAUUACUGCCUCAGUGCUCUGGUGGGGGCCUUUGCAGUAAUUAUGCGGCAAACUAAUAUUAUAUGGGUGCUUUUUGUUGCAUGCACGGGAGUUCUUGAUAUAAUUUUUACUCCUCAAAGAGAUAAAGCAAAUGUGAAUUAUAUAGAUGCACCUUUGGCGAAAGAAUCUCAAGAAACUAGCAGUUAUUAUGCCAGUUCUGCCUCGAAUUUGAGAAAACGAAUAGUGACCAAGGCAGCGGAUGAUGUUGAACAUUCUGUGCCUGGUGCAAUUUUGGCUACAACCGAGAUGCAAGGUUCGCUUGAUGAGAUUAAGGUCAUUUUAUCAAGAGCUUGGAGUAAGAAGCUGGAGCUGUUGGUGAACUUUAGUCCCUUUGUUAUGGUUUUUGCUGCUUUUCUUGCAUUCGUCCGGUGGAAUGGCAGCAUAGUUCUCGGGGCAAAAGAGGCUCACACAGUUUCUCUGCAUUUUGCUCAGAUAAUGUACUUCAGUCUCGUUUCUGUGCUAGCAAUGGCUCCUGUGCACUUCACAAUGGGUCAAGCUGCAGAUCUUUUCAAGUCCUUCUGGAAGAAUAAGCCUCUAAGUUUCAUCAUUUGUAUUGCUGCUCUUGUUGCUGGCUUUAUCUCCGUGCACUUUUUCAGCAUAGCUCAUCCUUAUCUUCUAGCUGACAAUCGACACUAUCCCUUUUACCUCUGGCGGAAGGUAAUUAUGGCCCAUUGGUUGAUGAAGUAUCUUCUGGUUCCAGUCUACGCUUAUUCAUGGUUCUCCAUCUUCAGUAUAUUGGGGAGAGUUCAGAGGAGGAUCUGGAUCUUAGUAUAUUUCCUGGCCACUGUUGCAGUUCUUGUUCCUGCUCCAUUGAUCGAGUUCAGAUACUGCACCAUCCCAUUCUACUUCCUAGUGCUCAAUUCACGAAUUACCAAUGAUCGGAGUUGGCUUCUGAUGGGACUCAUGUACGUGCUUGUGAACGUAUUCACAAUGGGAAUGUUCUUGUUUCGGCCAUUCAAGUGGAAUCACGAACCGGGGAUUCAGAGGUUUAUCUGGUAGCGGAGGCAAAUAUUAUCAGCAAGUUUCUUUUCCUCUUUAACUGAUGCUGUAGACAUAGCCCUAGCAAUCAACGGGACUAGAUUAGGCCGUGGAGAAUGGCUAAUUGUUUUACAUGUUAAUUUUACGAUGCCGUGCCUGUCAAGUUUUCUUAUUUCCUUAUCAGGAAAAAGAGAUUUUGAGAUUUUGUUUUUGCUUUUGCUUUUAUUGUGUAUAACUAAAAACUUACCGCUUAUUUUGUAAAUCUCAAGUUGCAUUACGAAAA